AUGUCGGACUUACUGUCGAGAAUCUUAAAAUUAGUGGACUCCAAUAAUGGUGUUAUUCAAAACACUUUAAAGCUGCCAGAAUUAUCAGGUAUAGACUCAAAUACCUUGCAUUCUGCAUUAUCGUCACUAUGGUCAAAGCAGAUGGUGAAUUUCAGCAAGUUGGAACAAGAUCACUGGGUGUUAACUAAGGAAGCUGAGCAGUACAUUGAAUCGGGAGCAUCUCCUGAGGUUCAAGUUGUGGAUCAAGUCUUGAAAGCAUUGGAAGGAUUGACCAUAUCUCAAUUGAAGGAAAAAUUGGGACCUGCUGGAAUUGUUGGUCAAGGUAAAGCUUUUAAAAACAAAUGGUUGAGCAAAGAUGGGGAUAAGCUAAUUGCACAAGUGAAAGAAUUACCAACCGAUACUGUUUUGGAAGAACUCAAAACAAUAAAGGAGAAAGGAACUUUGGAUGAUGCAAAGGAGUUGACAGAGUUGAAAAAGAGAAAAUUAAUUAGCUUGGUCAAAGUGAUAGGGUACAAGAUAGAGAAGGGUCCAAAAUUUGCAUUAGAAAUAAUCAACCUUGAAACUGAUAUCACUUCAGAUAUGAUUUUAAACCAAUCUUGGAAGACUGCCCAAUUCAAACCUUACAAUUUCAAUUCUGAAGGUGUUUUCCCACAAUCGGGAGCUUUGCACCCAUUAAAUAAAGUUAAAGAAGAAUUCAGACAAAUCUUUUUUUCAAUGGGAUUCACUGAAAUGCCAUCCAACCAGUAUGUUGAAUCUGGAUUUUGGAACUUUGACACAUUAUUCGUUCCUCAACAACAUCCAGCUAGGGAUUUACAAGAUACCUUUUACUUGAAGGAUCCGGCAAGGGCUAAAGAGCCAGAAGAUAAGGAGUAUUGGAAAAACGUUAAACAAGUACAUCAGGAAGGAAAGUAUGGAUCUAUUGGAUAUAGAUAUCCAUGGAGCGCUGAUGAGUCCUUGAGAAUGGUUUUGAGAACUCACACAACAGCUAUAUCUUCUUCAAUGUUGCACAAAUUAGCCGAGAAUCCAAGACCAACUAGAUUAUUCUCAAUUGAUCGAGUCUUUAGAAAUGAGGCAGUUGAUGCUACUCACUUAGCUGAGUUCCAUCAAGUUGAAGGAGUCAUUGCCGGAUAUGAUAUUACAUUAGGUGAUUUGAUUGGUUUCAUGGAUGAUUUCUUUGGCAAGAUGGGUGUUGAUCAAUUAAGAUUCAAGGCAGCUUAUAAUCCAUAUACCGAACCUUCAUUGGAAAUCUUUGCAUACCACCAAGGAUUGAAGAAGUGGGUUGAAAUCGGUAACUCCGGUAUGUUUAGACCAGAAAUGUUGGAAACUAUGGGACUACCACCAAACUUGCGUGUUUUGGGUUGGGGGCUUUCCUUAGAGAGACCUACUAUGAUUAAAUACGGCGUUUCCAAUAUUAGAGAAUUGUUAGGUCAUAAAGUCUCUUUAGACUUUAUCGAAUCUAACCCUGCUGCCAGAUUAGACGAAUUGUUGUAA